UUUGUGUCGCUCUUUAUUGACGAAGGACAAAUUCACGCCCAGCUGGCAUUUGGAGGAGGAGCAGAUCACAGCUUACAUAUCUGAAACUGCUGAAGCCGCUCAUGCGAAGAAAGUAACUCCUACAAUACAUAACAACACAGAAGUGGAGGAUGUUAGCUUGCAUUUCUUUUACUCGCAGUGCUGUUGCUUUUCGCAACUUUAGGACGUUGGUGCUGGUGCGGUAUGCCCAGACAGCAGCUGCCCCUGAGCCAAAAAUAAAGACAUUUCAGAUUUACAGAUGGGACCCUGACACACCUGGAGACAAGCCCCGCAUGCAAACCUAUGAGGUUGAUUUGAACACAUGUGGUCCAAUGGUUCUUGAUGCUCUCAUCAAAAUUAAAAAUGAAAUGGACCCAACACUCACCUUUAGACGCUCAUGUAGAGAGGGUAUCUGUGGCUCAUGUGCUAUGAACAUCAAUGGGGGCAACACCUUAGCCUGCUUAAACAAAAUAGAUACAAAUACCAGCAAAGUGAUGAAGAUUUACCCCCUGCCUCACAUGUAUGUGGUGAAAGAUCUUGUUCCUGAUAUGAGCAAUUUUUAUGCACAGUACAAGUCCAUCGAGCCGUAUUUAAAAAAGAAGGACGAGUCAAAGCAGGGAAAAGAGCAGUACCUCCAGUCAAUCGAGGACCGCCAAAAGCUGGAUGGUUUGUAUGAAUGCAUUCUGUGUGCGUGCUGCAGCACUAGUUGUCCGAGUUACUGGUGGAAUGGAGACAAGUACCUUGGUCCAGCUGUGCUCAUGCAGGCGUAUAGGUGGAUGAUUGACUCUCGAGAUGAGUUUACAGAAGAGCGUCUGUCCAAAUUACAGGACCCUUUCUCCCUCUACCGCUGUCACACAAUAAUGAACUGUACAAAGACAUGUCCAAAGGGACUCAAUCCUGGAAAAGCCAUAGCAGAAAUUAAGAAAAUGAUGGCAACUUAUAAAGAAAAGAGAUUGUCUGCCAUCUGACUUGUAAAUGCAGAAAAUAUCAUGUACAUGGUUUAAAUGAUUGUGUAAAUUCAGCAUGGAGUGUUUGCUAAUGUGGGAUAUUCUUUGAUAGUGGAGACCUGUAUUUACACCUGAUGAAGUGUAAAUCUACAACAAGAACUGCUUUUCAUUUCCAUUUGAACCUGAUUGUAGUUAUACUGUACAUGAAUGUCUGAAUAAGAGUAUAGGCUUUAGUGCUCACUCUGUUGUUAAUAGAUGAAUUCACCAGGUAUGAGUUAGUCCUGUUCGCCUGUCUGUAAAAACAAGAAUAAAAUGCUACUAGAGCUGAGCUUGUGAAUCAACCGCAUCACUUAGGUAUUUUGCUGAUUACAGUUUAAUCUUAAAUUUUAUGUAUUUACAAGCUGUACAUUUAUUUUGCAUGAGAUAUGAAUAAAACUGGAUAUCGUACAUUUGUUUAGUUGAUCUGAUUGUUGAUCAAGAGCAGAAAAUUUUAUCUGUAGAUUGCUUUUGUUUUAGUCAUGUGUUCAAUGUAUGAUGUCAGAAAGUUAGAUUAAUUAGGAUUUUAAUAAAAUAAAACAAUCUCUGUG